AUGAAGAUAGAAAAACCAUACCCUCAUAUUAAGGAAUAUAUAAGGAUAGGCGGCACGCCUAUCGACUUCGCCAAUAACAAAAUUCUGAAGUGUACAGUUUUUGGGUUUGGUAUUAUUAAUGCUGAAAAUACUUUAGGUAAUGAAGGAUUUAUGAAUGAAAUUAUGGUUAAACAUGGUAGAAAAGCUUGUGAAGGAUAUGACAGUGUUCAAAUAAUAGAUACAUGGCAACAAUACUUGUGUGUAGUACCAAACAAGCGAAAAACAUAUGAAGGAGACAGCGGGGGUCCAAUGAUUUGCAACGGCUGGCAAUAUGGAUUAUGUAGUUUUUCAAUAAAUCUCAAAGGAGAAGACAUGCAGACUAUCCACGUGUUCAUAGACUAUUAUAGAAAAUGGAUCAAUGAUAUUAUAGAACUGGUACAAAGCACAAGCUCAUCCAUAAUGUCAAAGCAAAAAAGAAUGAAAAAGAAUAUUAUGGUAUAA